GACAGGAACUCCUAUUUUUAAAAUUUUUAAUAACUUAUCAUGGUACAUUUAAGAAACAUAAGUAGGAUUUCCUUCUGUGAUGCAGUGGGUUCAUAAUCUGGCUUAGCUCUCUGGCUUUGCCAGUUAAUCCCUGGCCUGGUGCCAUGGAUCCAGCAUUGCUGCAGCUGUGGCAUAGGUCAUGAAUGUGGCUUGGAUUUGAUCCCUGGCCCACAGGUGCAGCUGAAAAAGAAAAACAUAAAUAGUAGAGAAAACAGGUAUAAUGAACCCUUGUGUACCCAUUCCCCAGCUUCAAGUUAUCAACUUGGCUGAUUUUGUUUUAUUUAUACUUCUACUUCCUCUCAUCCUUUUUUGAAUCUUGUGUGUUUUAUUUAGGGAUGUUUGGGUAAAAGAAAGCCAGACUAGACACUGUCUUAAUUAAGUUAGGGGGUUAUUUUUCUUGCUGUGUCCUCACAUGAUAAAAGCUAGGGAUCUCCCUGGGGUCUCUUUUACAAAGGCAUUAGUCCCAUUUAUGAGAGUUCUUCCUCAUGAACUAAAUCACCUCCUCACCUCUGAAUAUCAUCACAUUGGUGGAAUACAUAUCAAACUGUGAAUUUUGAGGGAACAAAAACAUUCAGACUUGAGCAAUAAAGAAAUAAGCUUACUUGAUUGAUUCAGUUUUUACAGAUUUUUCUAAAAAGUUGUUUAAAUGUUUUGUUUGUUCUAUUCACAUACUAGAACAGCCUACUUUUAAAAAUCCUUUUCCUUUGAUUUUUUUUACCUACCUUACCGUACUGGUAAGGAUAAAAAAAAAAAAUUCCUUGAACUAUAAAAGUAACAAUAAUAAUUACUAUGUAUGUGUACUUACCAAUGAGGUUUGAGGGUUUGAUGGGCAUUGCCUUUUGGUUUCUCUUUUAUCUAAUUUACAACUUUAAGGUACUUUCUUUUCUGAACUUUCUUUGAAUGUGGAUUUGAUAGGUAGGAUUUUACAUUACACUGUGAUGUAAAAGAUAAGUCUGGGAAGCUAAUCUGGACAUGAAUGAAAUUCAGGGUGCCUAUGAUUCCUCUGUAAGUGCAUACAAAUGAAUUAGUUGAAAAGUAGAUGGACUUUUUUUUUUUUUGAGUGGUAGUUGUAUUAAUACUUAUAUUGAGGGGUUUGGUAGCUUGCUGAGAGCUUAAAGAUCAAUUAGGUUGAAGUGCAUUUGCUUUGAAUUGUGACAACUUUCUUUAAAGUAGAAGAGAUUUUGCUGUUUAAAAAGGAAAAAGAAACAACAUUAUAAACUAGCUAUUCAAUAAAAUAAAUUUUUAAAUGGAAAAAGAAAAAACACCUUUUCUGUGUAACUGUUAAAAUCCUUAGAGUGACAGUAUGCUAAAACCCCUUGCAUAUUUGAAUUGGGUCGAAUACAACUAUUUAAAACUCAGAUCUGCAGUCUGCUCAUGUUACUAAAGAUAAAUGCAUCAUACAUUCAAUAUCAGACUUUGCCGCAAGGGUUCAUUUCCACAUAGAAGUACGCAUGCUCCUUUUUCUGAGACAGCAUGAAGAUUGAGCUUUCCAAUUUCCUUUUUAAGUCACUUUUUAGUCCCAAUAGCAGUUUAGAAAUGGAAAAGUUUGGUUGCUUUACAGAGUAGUUCUUUAAUGGGUUCUUAAAGUACAGAUAAUAUUUUCUCUUCGGUUUUAAAGAGAAGCUUUACUCCCGCAAAUAAGAGAACAAUAAAAUAUUCAAAGGAAAAAAGAAAGUUAGCUGCAUUCUAGUUUUCUAAAAUCUCACAAGCUGGCAGAGCUAGAAUUAGCUUUACAGAUGGCAUUUGGCAUCAUAUCUACAUAUCACUAAGUCCUCAUCUCCUGAGUUUUCUUCAGCCUGUCUGUCAAUUACAAUAUCCAAUCACUGCACAGAGAUGGAGAAAUGGGCUGAUCACAGCUCACACGAUCCUGUUUGGUUAGAAACGUCAGUGCUGCACAACCCACGGCUGAGUCAGUGUCUGUGAGAAAAUGAACUGAAUUAAUAUAUAGAGGGGGUUAUAUCUCUGAACAUUUAAAGCCAAAAUAACCGCAGUAGCAUUAUCACACAGUAGAGUGAGGAAAGCUAAAGGAAGUCUGUGGACAGAUGAGGUAGAGGGACUGGGAAAUUUUCUGAUUGUUCUGAGGAAUUUUGAAGAUGAUGGAAAUAUCAGAUGUGCUAAAGUUUCCUAGUAAUGCCCAAGGAUGCUGACCUGGCUUUCAGUGCUGCAUUGUUUGAAAAAGCAGAGUCCCUUUAUACUCUGAUUUCAAAAUUUUUUUCUUGUUUUUGUGUGUCUACCUUGGCAUAUACUAAAGUAAGUACUCCCUCACGUGUUGCUAAAGGAGUUGUUGAACACACCAAAAUGAGUCUGCAUGGUGCUAGUGGGGGACAUGAGAGGUCAAGAGAUAGACGGAGGUCAAGUGACAGAUCACGAGACUCAUCUCAUGAAAGAACAGAAUCCCAGCUCACUCCUUGUAUUAGAAAUGUUACUUCUCCAACACGACAGCACCAUAUUGAACGUGAAAAAGAUCACAGUUCCUCUCGUCCAAGCAGUCCUCGUCCUCAAAAAGCAUCUCCAAAUGGUUCCAGCAGCAGUGCUGGGAACAGCAGCAGAAACAGUAGUCAGUCCAGUUCAGAUGGUAACUGUAAGACAUCUGGGGAAAUGGUGUUUGUUUAUGAAAAUGCAAAAGAAGGAGCUCGGAAUGUAAGAACAUCAGAGCGAGUGACGCUAAUAGUGGAUAACACUAGAUUUGUUGUGGACCCAUCCAUUUUUACUGCACAACCAAAUACAAUGCUGGGCAGGAUGUUUGGAUCUGGCAGAGAACAUAACUUUACACGUCCCAAUGAGAAGGGAGAGUAUGAAGUGGCGGAGGGGAUUGGUUCUACUGUGUUUCGAGCUAUUCUGGAUUACUAUAAAACAGGAAUAAUCCGUUGUCCUGAUGGCAUAUCUAUUCCCGAACUAAGAGAAGCAUGUGACUAUCUUUGUAUCUCUUUUGAAUAUAGUACUAUUAAAUGUAGAGAUCUCAGUGCCCUAAUGCAUGAGUUAUCAAACGAUGGUGCUCGUAGACAGUUUGAAUUUUAUCUGGAAGAAAUGAUCCUGCCUCUCAUGGUAGCUAGUGCCCAAAGUGGGGAACGUGAAUGUCACAUAGUGGUGCUUACAGAUGAUGAUGUGGUUGAUUGGGAUGAAGAAUAUCCACCACAGAUGGGAGAAGAAUAUUCACAAAUUCACCUUUUAAGGGAGAUAACUCCACCUGAAAGAGAGAAGGCGAGGAAGGUCCAUCAGUCUAACUCCCUGAAGUGCCCAGCACAUUUGGAAGACUCAACAUGUUUUAUUUAUAGCACAAAAUUAUAUAGAUUUUUCAAGUACAUUGAAAACAGAGAUGUGGCCAAGUCAGUUUUGAAGGAGAGGGGUCUUAAGAAGAUUAGGUUGGGAAUAGAAGGUUAUCCUACUUACAAAGAAAAAGUAAAGAAAAGGCCUGGGGGCCGCCCAGAAGUGAUUUACAACUAUGUCCAAAGACCCUUUAUUCGAAUGUCUUGGGAGAAGGAAGAAGGAAAGAGUCGGCAUGUAGACUUUCAGUGUGUAAAGAGUAAAUCCAUCACCAACCUUGCAGCAGCUGCCGCAGACAUUCCCCAGGACCAGCUGGUAGUCAUGCACCCAACUCCCCAGGUGGAUGAGCUGGAUAUUCUCCCUAUCCAUCCCCCUUCUGGCAGCAAUGACCUCGAUCCUGAUGCGCAGAAUCCAGUGCUGUGAUGCUGAUGUUCCUUGAAACCAUAGCAUGCUACUCUUCACAGUGACGUUGCACUCUCCUCAUUCUGCACUGCAAGGCCACUCUCUUCAUUGUGAGAUGCACAUAACGAUGUUUAGGAUAUUGCAGUGUAGGCUUUUUUAAAAGACCAAAGGUAGCCGAUUGGUUUUUUAACUGAGUACAACUCUAGCAUCCUGAGGUUCCAGUUACAUAAACGUAUUUGUUUACUAGUGGGUUUGUGGAAUUGGUUCUUUGUAUGGGGGACAGUCCUUUUUCACACAUCUAGAUCUUUUCUGAAGUGGUGGAAAUUGGCAGCUGGGGUACUUUCAGUCUAGAUUGAUAGUUACCACACCCCAGGUAAAAUGUAGAAUAUUACAUGGUUGCACUUUAUAAAUGGUGGUUAAAUGGAACUGUUCAAGCCAUUUUUCUAGUUGUGAUGCACAAUAUAAUUUAAAUAAGUGCUUCUUUCAAAGUAUUCUUUCAGUAAAUUGUGUAUAGUUUGCUGCCCACGAUGAGCAAAAUGUGUUUGUCCUUGGGCUUAUUUGAAUGAUUAAAAUGAGAUUCAGUGCCCAUAUCUUAUCAGUUAUCUCCAGUGCCGUUUUCACCCCUUUAGAGUGAGUCAUAAUGCAAGGAGUGUGAACAUCAGAAGUGGUUUAUUAUCCAGUCUGCCUUACCCUUAAUCUGUUCACAGAUAUUUAUUUACUAAUGAUUUUUUUUCCCCAAGAGUUAUGGGAUAGGAAAAUGGCGUGUCUGCUCUUCAUUUACUAAAUGAUUGUAAACUGGUUUUUUCAUCAAAAUAAAAUUCCAUUGUUUUAACGUUUCUGAUCUUUA